UCGGGACUCGCCAUAGUAGACAUGGCGGGUAUUAGCUUACGUGAAUGACGGCGAUUGCGAUAGAAAUAUUAUCAAAAAUCAGUGUUCUAUGUGUGUUUCGCGUAACGAGAACGGUAGAUUGGUGUCAUAUGAUUUAUCGGGAAGGUAAAAAUGCAGAAUGUAGGACAAGGAACAACUUCGGAUAGCCAGAAACUCGAAAAAGCGAACGUCGUUCAUCACGACAUAGGAAAAACGUCGACUCCCCAGUCUUCGAACUCCAGCCCUACGAAGUCGGAGACCGAGACGUUCUCAGAAUUACAGCCCCGCUUUAUGACAGACUCGUCGGAGAGCGAGGAGGAUAGCGUUUCAGAGGUGGAGUGUUUUGCAAUUGAUCAAGCAGAGUUGGAUGAGAAUCAUCACUUAGAGACGUCAAAGUUUUUGUUGACACCUGAAGAUCCAGAACGGGCAGUGGACCCUGAAACUCAGGCACGGCUAGAGGCGCUCCUGGAAGCUGCCGGUAUUGGUAAAUUAUCGUCUGGUGAUGGGAAGCAUCUGGCUGAUCACGAGGUGCUUCGUCGUUUGACAUCAAGUGUGUCUUGCGCAUUAGACGAAGCCGCGGCGGCGUUAACUCGCAUGCGCAGCGACAACCCUCGAACCCAGAACGAAAAGCGAUCUCUCGUCGAAGCCUGCACGGACGGUGACGUUGGCACGGUGAGAAAACUCCUGACGGAGGGACGCAGCGUACACGAGACUACCGAGGAAGGAGAAAGCCUUCUUUCUCUUGCUUGUUCUGCUGGGUAUUACGAAUUGGCACAGGUACUCCUGGCAAUGAAUGCUAAUGUCGAAGAUCGUGGCAUCAAGGGGGAUUGCACCCCCUUGAUGGAAGCAGCCAGCGCAGGACACGUAGACAUCGUUCUACUCUUAUUAGCUCACGGAGCCGACGUCAAUGCGCAGUCUACCUCAGGAAAUACACCUCUGAUGUAUGGCUGUGCCGGCGGCCAUGAGGAGGUAGUAAGAACACUCCUCGAGGCUGGUGCCAACGUAGAAGACCACAAUGAAAAUGGUCACACUCCCCUAAUGGAAGCAGCCAGUGCUGGUCAUGUGCCAGUUGCUAAAAUUCUCCUAGAACAUGGCGCCGGCAUUAAUACUCAUUCCAACGAAUUCAAAGAGUCUGCUUUGACACUUGCCUGCUAUAAGGGUCACUUAGACAUGGUGCGAUUUUUACUCGAAGCUGGAGCUGAUCAGGAACAUAAAACUGAUGAAAUGCAUACUGCGUUAAUGGAAGCAUCGAUGGAUGGGCACGUUGAGGUGGCAAGGCUUCUGUUAGACUCUGGCGCACAAGUGAAUAUGCCAACGGAUAGCUUUGAAUCUCCAUUAACCUUGGCGGCAUGCGGGGGCCACGUCGAUCUGGCCAUGCUACUCAUCGAACGGGGAGCGAAUAUAGAAGAAGUUAAUGACGAAGGUUAUACACCUCUAAUGGAAGCAGCUAGAGAGGGACACGAGGAAAUGGUUGCCCUACUUCUCAGUCAAGGAGCAAAUAUCAAUGCUCAAACCGAAGAAACACAAGAAACAGCUUUAACACUCGCAUGUUGCGGAGGUUUCCUAGAAGUAGCAGAUUUCCUCAUCAAGGCAGGCGCAGAUAUAGAAUUGGGCGCAUCCACCCCAUUAAUGGAGGCCGCUCAGGAAGGACAUAUAGACCUUGUUCGAUAUCUGCUCGAGUCCACUGCCGAUGUACAUGCCCAAACUCAAACUGGUGACACAGCGCUAACGUAUGCUUGCGAGAAUGGUCAUACCGAUGUCGCCGAUCUCUUACUGCAGUAUGGAGCGGAUCUGGAACAUGAAUCUGAGGGAGGAAGAACUCCAUUGAUGAAAGCGUGCCGUGCCGGUCAUCUUUGUACAGUGCAGUUUCUCAUAUCCAAACGUGCUGAUGUCAAUAGACAAACAACCAACAACGACCACACACCUCUCUCUCUGGCUUGUGCCGGGGGACACCUUGCAGUUGUCGAACUUCUCCUCACACAGUCUGCUGAUCCAUUCCAUAAACUCAAGGACAAUUCAACAAUGCUGAUAGAAGCAGCCAAGGGUGGACACACGAAUGUUGUCCAACUUCUGCUCGACUAUCCUCACAGUAUCAUGAUGAGUACACCGCACAACGCAACUACCACCACCCCCAUGUUACUGCCUCAGCAGCAGCAGCAGCAACAACAACAACAACAACAGCAACAACAACAACAACAGCAGCAGCAGCAACCACAACAACAUCAACUACAGCAGCAACAACAACAACAACAACAACAACAACAACAACAACAACAACAACAGCGUCACCAGCAGCAGCAUCAAAUACAACAACACCAACAACAACAGCAACAACUGCAGACACAGAAUCUGCAACAACAGCAACAAGCUCUGCCGCAACACCUUACUCAUCAACAAGACGCGACUCACCAGCAACAACCGCCAACUCAGCAGCAGCAACAGCAGCAGCAAGCAACGGAACAAUCGCAAGCCCAAAAUCUGCAGCCAAAGCAUAACACACAGAAAUCGUUGCUUAGAAAGAACCGUUCUGUGACGGUGCUUCCAGAUAUGAGUUUAACUUCCGCCGAAGCACAGCAAGUACGGACCCAACCCGCAGGUGAAGCUGUUGCCUCCACUAAAGAUGAUACGAAUAUUUUGGACAAGGGAAGCGGGGGUCUCACCAGCCUUUCAGAACCUAACAUUAGCGUAAGUCCCGCACCAGUUCCAAUUCCACCUAACUCUGAGGGACGGAAGCAUACGCGACAGGAACAGAUACUCAAGAAGCAACAAAUUCUUGAAGAAUUGCAGAGGGUCGAGAGAGAGUUGCAAAUCAAGGGUGCGGGUCACUUGUUCUUGGGUUCAUCCAGUACGUCCGCAGAUCCCUUGGUGACACAACAGCAACAACAACAACAGCAACAACAACAACAACAACAACAACAACAGCAAAGACAGCAACAGCAACCACAGGAUAUCACCGAACCUGACUCGCUAUUACCGGCCAUGCUGAACAUUGACCUUCCUAACCAAUCUGCAGGCACAUCUCAUGGGCUGGUUUGUGGUUCCGGUGGUAUGUCGGAAGGCCUGUUCGCUCACCAGGGAACGAACCACGCGAUAUCGUGCCACCUUGCUUACCUCCGCGGACAAAAUGCUGCCCUUGCAGGAAAAAUGGCUCUACUCGCAGAAAAUGGCCAGCAAAUCACUGUACAAGGCUCCUGCCUGCAACAGGCCCAACAACCAAUGCCCAUGCUCCCUUCUGCGACGGAAACUGUUCCUAGCGCAAGCAACUUUCCUACCACUCCACCUUUGUCUCUCGCUUCUAUCACCGUUACCUCUACUACCGCUGUAGCAACAUCAAAUACAACCUUGACAGCAACUCCAAGUCCACCUAAUAUUUCCACACCUCCUACCGUCACCACUGUCUCCCAACCGAUCACUGCCAGCAGUGACGUAAGCCAAAACACAGCCAUAAGCGACCGCCCUAAAGCCAAACCUGUAUCUAAGAAGGAAGGUAAAAACGUUCGUAAAGCUGCGUCUGGCACGACAGGUGGUAAGCUACAGCAGCAGCACGUUACCCUAAUGGCUGGGCUUCAGCAGCAGUAUCAACAGAAGCAGCGCCAGCAUACCUAUCAAGUGCACCAAGUUCAUCAACUCCAGCAACUCAACCAGCAGCUGCAGCUACAGCUUGACCAAGUUCAGGUUCAGCAACAACCACAGCAACAACAGGGUGGUAUCGGGGGUGUUGAGGGUGGCUGUGGAGGCAGCAUAGCGAUGCCCACUCAGCUGAUGGCUCACCUCCACCCCACUCACACCCACAAUCUUCACAACCAGGCACCGCAACAAAACCUUCCUGAACAGAUGGAUCCUGAACUGGCCAGGCUGCAUAGAGAAGGAGCUUGCCCAUUUUUCGCUGCUGCACAAAAGGCUAAAGCCUUAGCUACAGAUGAGAAAAUUUUGAAGCUAGAAGAUGGAACGCAAAUACCUAUUGAUGAUGUUGCUGAAAUAUUCGAAUCCUUUAGCCUAGAUGACGUUGCAAAUGCGGCGGAGGAUCAAGAGAAGAUGAAGCUUGAAGCGACUAGCAAAGAGAUUCAUCAACAGUUGCAACAACAGCAGCAACACCAACCUGGUCAAAUGAUGCAACAAGCUAUUAGCCCACCUCACACUACCAGAGAAUAUUUUGCAGUCCCCGUACCGUCGGGACCAUCGGUUUCUUUACCAACGCUGCCAUCGCUUCAAGUAACAAGCACAGGUGUACAAAUCCAAGCAGAUAUAUCAGCAGGAUUACAAUUAACUGGUACGCAGCCCCUACAAUAUCGAAUGCUAAACGAUCGACUGAGCGGUUUUCAAGCAGGCCUUCAAGCCGGUAUGCAAAUGAUCGCUGAUGAUGCUUUUCAGUCUCAACUACUUCUACAGUCGUCUCAAUCGUCAUUUCCUACGCAAACAUUGCCACCCGCCACUGUCGCUAGCGCCGUAGUAGAUAGCCUACCUCAAUCUCCGAACAGCUAUACACAGUCCACAGCUUGUAGCACUCAUCACGUACAAGUAGCGACGCAAACUCAGGCACCAGCUGCUUCUGCAACGUUGGCCACCACCGCUAAUGAGAAGAAACAGGCAUGCACUGUUACUGGAAACACCGCUAUCACCGGAAAGGGCAAGAAGGCUCGAUACCCGCUUCUUAAUCAGCAACAAUCCUGUCAACAACAAACUGCUACUCCUCCGGUACAACAACAAGGAGCUAACUUCCCUGCACAAAGCUAUCAGCUUGAUCCUGCAGCAGUUGCAGGUCAGUACACGACUGGUGUACCAACGGUUGGCAGUUACGCACCGAAUCAAGUACCUCCUGCUCCAUUCUCUUGUAUGGAUGUUGAUUCUGAAACAGACAGCAAUCAUGACACUGCCCUGACAUUAGCUUGUGCUGGUGGACAUGAAGAACUUGUCGAAUUACUUUUGAGCCGUGGCGCAGAUAUCGAACAUAGAGAUAAAAAAGGUUUCACACCACUGAUAUUGGCUGCGACUGCUGGGCAUGAGAAGGUAGUGGAGAUCCUAUUGAAUCAUGGCGCAGAUAUCGAGGCUCAAUCGGAACGCACCAAGGAUACUCCCCUUUCUCUAGCGUGUAGCGGAGGAAGGUACGAAGUGGUCGAGUUACUGCUGAACCGAUCUGCCAACAAAGAGCAUCGCAAUGUCUCCGACUACACGCCGCUUAGUCUGGCAGCUUCAGGAGGCUAUGUCAAUAUUAUCAAACUUUUGCUUAGCCAUGGAGCGGAAAUUAAUUCCCGAACUGGGUCUAAGCUGGGCAUUUCCCCUCUAAUGCUUGCUGCCAUGAAUGGACAUACGGCUGCGGUAAAGCUACUGCUGGAUAUGGGUAGUGAUAUCAACGCUCAGAUUGAGACGAAUCGUAACACUGCAUUGACCCUUGCUUGCUUCCAAGGAAGACACGAGGUUGUUAGUCUUCUGCUUGAUCGUAAAGCCAAUGUAGAGCAUCGAGCAAAGACGGGAUUGACACCGUUGAUGGAGGCUGCCAGUGGCGGAUAUGUAGAAGUAGGACGAGUUCUACUCACUAAAGGUGCGGAUGUAAAUGCUACUCCAGUACCUUCUUCGCGAGAUACUGCACUCACUAUUGCAGCUGACAAGGGUCACUGCCGAUUUGUAGAAUUAUUACUCUCUCGAGGGACGCAAGUGGAAGUUAAAAAUAAGAAAGGUAACAGUCCUUUGUGGCUUGCGGCGAAUGGCGGUCAUCUCAAUGUUGUUGAUCUACUUCAUCAUGCGGGUGCAGACAUUGAUUCGCAGGAUAACCGAAAGGUAUCUUGUCUGAUGGCAGCAUUUCGUAAAGGUCAUAUAAAAGUGGUGAAGUGGAUGGUAAAUCAUGUAACUCAAUUCCCAAGUGAUCAGGAGAUGACAAGGUAUAUAGCAACCGUCAGUGACAAAGAGCUGUUAGAGAAAUGUCAAGAAUGCGUAAAAAUAAUCCGAGCUGCCAAGGAGACACAGGCUGCGAAGGCGAACAAAAAUGCAACUAUACUAUUGGAAGAGCUGGACAUGGAGAAAACCAGAGAGGAGUCGAAAAAAGCAGCUGCUGCGCGCAGACGCGAGCGAAAGAAGAAAAAGAAACUUGAAAAAAAAGAGGAGAAACGAAAACUUCAUGAAGAGAAUAAGAAAAACGAAACAAUUUACGAAGACAAAGAAGAUGGUAGUAAAAAAUCCGGAGAUGAAGAAGGAGAUAGAGGUGAUGACAGCGAAAGGGAGGGUGGGGAUAAUUGCGAGAGGAUGGAACACGUACCUUCUCCGGUGACCAAAAGUCCUGAAGAUCCUGAUAAAGAGGAAGGGGACAGCGGUAUUGAUGCCAAUAGCCAAGGUAGCUGUAGCAGCAACGAUGUCAACGCCAGGGAGAAGAAGAAGGAUAAGAAAAAGAAGAAAAGUAGUAGCCCGAGCAAUAACGAAAAAGAAUUGUCGCCUCACAGAUCCCAAAAGGCACUUUUAGCUCCUAGUUCGAAUAUACCCCAAAAUGCAAUCACGCCAACAAAAUCGCAGACUAGUAACUUUGACAAAAGAGUAUCGUCAAGUGAUAUUGGUGGAAUGCCUAGUACUUCUCCAUCUGUGUCCAAUACAAGGGCAGCCACCGCAGCGGCGGUUAGUUCAAGCGAGCGAAAACUCAAAGGGCAACUUGUAUUCGAGUCAUCAAGGCAUCCAGCCGAUAGGGAAGAUUUCGAAGCCACUGGUAACGAGACGUACAUGCCGGGCAAGGGGAAAAAGUCUUACAGUAUUCAAUAUGAUAGUGACAGUCUCAAUACCUCUACCAAGUCUAAUAAUUCUACCAGCCCAAAGCAGGGCGGGAAACGGGAUGAAGGCUGGAAAGAGGUUGUUCGAAAGGGGCAAUCUGAUGACUCUGGAAGAUUUAUGAACUCACCUUUCCGAUCGAAGAAGGUCUCUGUCCCUUUGAAUGCCAUUAGUAGGGUAAUCGGUAGAGGAGGUAGUAACAUAAACGCCAUUCGAGGUGCAACUGGAGCGCACAUCGAAGUCGAGAAGCAGAGUAAAGGCCAGGGUGAAAGAAUUAUAACAAUAAAAGGAUCAUCGGACGCUACGAGGCAAGCACAUACGCUGAUAGCUGCAUUAAUCAAGGACCCCGACGUUGACAUACUGCAGAUGCUGCCAAAAUCGAAGCUCACUGUUGUCACUUCCUCGUCUUGGGAUAAAACCAUUCCUGCGCUCGCAGCUACUAAAACAAAAGUAGGACCAACAAAUAAACCUCCUAGUUUGGUUUGCAACGUUGGAGGAUCUCAGAUAAACAAACCUGGCUAUAUGCCAGGAGUAGCAUCUGUUGGUCAAUUGAUACCAACCCUUCGAUCAUCGUCUACUGUGAAAAUUACUGGAGCCUUUCCUGCUUCCAUACCGCGAGCAACUGCACCCAGACUAGUCGCAGCAGCUGAAAAACGAGCACAAGCCGUUGCGGCGGCUCAAUUAGCUUCGUCGACUAAUACAAAGACAACAAUGUCAUAUACAAGCGCAAUUAUGACUGCAGGGAGAGCAACAAAGAUCGUAACAACAAGUACAACGCAAACAUUCGCCGCAAAACUAUCGGAAAUCACUGCCUCGGCACAUACAUCUUCUACAAUUAUGCCAUCGUUGCAAUCCAUUGCACAUAAACAAAAACCAUCCCAAGCAGCUACUGGAAUCACGGUGAUGUCGUCAACGGCACCGACGACGCCACAGACAUCUCCGCAACAAACUUUACCGAGCACAUCGCCGAAACACUGCCGACCACUGCCUACGCUUUCCGCGCCGCCGACAAUGCCAUCCCAUUAUCCAGGAAAAAUUGCUUUUUCACCUGGUUCCAACGGGUCUCUGCCUUCCAUGGGUCCAGGGACGUCAAGCGGGCCAGAGAACACCGUUGCUUCAACCUCGGCAAGCUCUGUACGAGUGACGCCCUCACCUCCGUCGGUGACGCAACCAUCGACAAUGCAACAACCGCAACAACAACCCCAACAGCAACAGCAGCAGCAGCAACAAUUGCGCAGUUCCACCCCGAUCGCACCUUCCAUGCAAGAACAGCAGCAGCAAUCGUCCAACACACCUCUAGAGUAUUCGUUGUUCAACGACACCUUUACUAAAGUCACUCAGCAAUCCAUGUGGGGAGGCCGAGAGAACGAAUCCCAGAAAGGAAUGAACUUCGCAACUGUAGCUGGUGGCGGCGUGACUGUCAACACUUCCGGUUCAUCCAACAAUAAAUUUAUCGACAGCAUUCCUCCUCAGGUGGAUGCGUCCAAAGCUCCAGGAUACAGAGGCACAACUGUCUGUUCGCCGGUGUCCAGCAAAUCAAGUGGAGGUGGCAACAGCACCUCGGGGAGUAGCAUCGGAAGUGGAGUGUCACCCUCGGCAGUACACAACCCCAUCCAACCGCCGAGCAUCGUUCAGUACCAAUCAUCGAAUUAUAACGAAGCACAGCUCCCUUCGAAAGCACCUGGCAGUCUGGCGGUCGCGCGUCCGGUCAUGCCUCAGCAAAAUAUUGAAAUGGGAGGCGGUAUGACGCAAUUCAACAGGCCAGUUUUUCAAGGUGACAUGAACUCAAGGAACAAUGCGCCUCACCAGCCGCAGCACGUUAUGCCAUCAGCUUCGCAGCCAACUCUAGACGUUGGAAUAUUCAAGGGAAACAAUGCCGGGUUCGAGCAUCCUAACGUGAACUCGAACUUAUUGAAAAUGGUGCCGAACAACGAGGCGCAACCUGGUCACCCAAUGAUGCCUUUUCACCCUCACAUACAGAGCUUCGCGCAGACGAUGCCACAGUCCGCAUCGGUAAAUACCACGGUCAGCAUGUCAAGGCUGAACCCUAGAGCGCCGGAUUUUUCAAGCUCUCUCCAUAUCAGCAACAAACCACAAGUACCAAUGUUCAAUGCCGGUGCCGGAAUUCAUCCGAACAUGUUCGCCACGGUACCCGCGCCACCUCCGUCAGCCCUGCAGUCCACAAACUUGGCGAUGCUUGGUAAUUAUCCUUUGGGAAAAUAUCAAACCCAGUCAAGGGGAACCCCGAACGCAAAUAUAUCGACAAACGGUCAAACCCGGUGGCCUUUUGCGCCGCCGCAGCACAACAGCUAUCCUCCCCAUCAGGACCCGAUGAUGGGUCAAAUAGGAUUCUCCAAUCACUUGGCAAAUAUGGGUGGUCAGCCUGGAGGUAUCGACUUGAUAACGGGCCUUGAGAACGGAGGUUCACCGGCGAUGUCUCCGUCCUCGCCUGCCCAGGUACAGCAGGAAAUGAAUCAAAUGAAAAUCGAAGAUCGCAAGGUGCCACGGCCAAUUGGUACUGAAAGAGCGUGGAAGAACUAUACGACGGGUAUGGGACCGGGGGGUGAUGCAGAUUCUAUGAACUGGAUGCUUAAUAAUGAAAAAUUAGUUGGAUCUUGGGCUAGUCUUACUCCAGGAAUGGACAGAAAUCAAAUGUUUCGCUCAAAUACUGCAUACAAUCGUAUGUCCAACGUUGACGUCGAACUUCAUCAAAUGAUGGAAUCCACUUUCCAGGGGCAUAUGGAUAAUCCGCCACCGUUUCCUAAUGGAAAUACUACUGCACUUUCUAUGAUGCCAAGUCUGGCUAUGUUACCAGGCCAGUUUGGUGCUGCCGGAUUACCUGAAAUACCUCCCAAUGAAUCUGCUAAGAUGGAACCACCUGCUUGGGGGAUGCCCGACUCUGUGCAAGAUAAACAGCAUACGGGGUGGAACAAAUGGGCCCAUUAAAUCUUGAAAGCCUUUCGUCGCGAUACCUCGUCUCAAACAACAUGUGGGAUGACAGUACUGGGAUACGGAGUAGAAGUAGAUUCGA